AGGUACAUAUUUUUUGCUUUUUAUUUCGAAUUCUCUCUCUCGUGGAGGUUUUGGGUUUCAAGAAUUAAGUUUAUUUUGACAGGAAAACGUUGGGUUUUGGGAUUUGAAAGGUGGGUUUUUUAGAUCGACUGACUUCGACUGCGUUGGGUCUUCAGGAAGUUUCUCUAAUUCACAGAUUGUUCUCCUAUAAUUUAUAUUGUGUGGACUUGGCUUGUGGAUUUGAUAGUGCUAGCAAGAACAGCUUUCAUCACGUAAGAAGUUGAGGACAUGCCUUUCCAAAAAAGAAAAAAAACAAAAGGGUUUUUUUUUCUUCCUUCCCUUCCCUAUCAAACUUCAGACUUCCUUUCUCUUCUACCUUCUGUUUGCUUUUGGGUUUAGAUGGGUCGGUGAUGGUUGCCAGUGUCUGAUGGCGAUUGCUGGCGCCGGAGAGGGGGAGCGCAAGUGGCAUGAAUUAAACAUAUUGAGGAGUUUCCACCUAAUUCUGUGGGAGAAGAAACUGAAGGAAGUAAAAGUAAAUGGAUUUUAUCAAAAUUGGAAAAGAAACUGAGAAAAGAGGAAUUAAUAAAAGCAAGGGAUUCCACAGCUUCAGGUAUACAUAGAACCAAGCUAUCUCAGAUCUAGACUAACUCUGGUUAUUCAUUAAUUUUGAUUUGCCAUGAAUGAUUUACAUUGUUGAAAUGGCAGCAUGUUUUCAUUUUUAUUUGUUUAGAUCAUUGGUAGCUGAUUGUUCUCUCCAUAUGAUUUUUGACUGUUUUGUUCUGAAAUUCAUAUGGUUCUAAUUGAGUCUUUUUUGUAUUGUUUUUUAUUUUAACUUUGAAAGCUUUCUUUUUUUAUAGUUAGAUCAUAUGCUGCAGUAUUAUGGAUUCAUUUUGAUUUGGUUUGUGACUUUAUAUGUUGCCUGAACUAAUUUUAGGCACCUUGGUUGAAUCCAUACUGAUUGGGUCUUGCAUUUACUCAUCCAUGUGUAUUUGUGCUCAAUGUUACCCAAGACUUAAUCUCAUUCAUGGUUUAGAGUUCAGUUAAGUAAGUAUUAAUUUUAUAAGCCCUGGAGUGGUCUAAAGGGCAGAAUUGAUUGGCUUGAUUGCUUACAAGUUUGCCAACUUUUUUUAUACAUGUUUGCAAUUCAUCUCAAAUUGAUUUUGGGUAGUGUUUCUUUAUGGAAAUUUUUCAUGGCUGAUUUUGCCAACUGCAUUGAGCUGCAGCCAGAGGUGAUUUAUACAUGCCAUUAAGAAAUUGCAGAGGCUUAUUCUUUCUUUCCACAGUUAGGAUAGUUAAAAGCAUGUUUGCAAGUUGUAGGGUGUAAACCAAAUUCUUUGGAUUAAUUCAGUUUUGUUUCUUUUCUUGAUGUUGCUUAAGUGGUUAAAGUUGCUAAAUUGAUGGUUGUUUGUCUUUCUUUGUUGUUACUUGGUUUUAGUACAGGUUCUAAAGGGAAUCAAACCGAUGGUAAGAGGUAAAGGGGAGAUGGUGAUGUAGGUGGUGGAAGAGGUAUUUUGUUUUUAUCAGCCUCUAUCAUCUCCUUUCUCAAUGUCCCCCAUUUCUUCUU